AUCAAAAUUUUAAAAAUAUUUUUGAUAUACUUUUAGUGUAACAGCCGUUAAUCUCCAAGCCCAGCUACCGCCCGAGCUACUUAUUUGCAUCGUCAUUUUGACGGAUUCCCGGCCGCGCCGCCUCCGAUCGGCUGCAUCGCGACCACCUCUGUCCGGAGAAUUUUGAGGGGAAAGGGUGUUAAUGGGACUAACAUCUGAGAGUGAUGCGAAGGAAGCAAUGAAAUUAUGUAUGUUUGAUUUGAGGAGGGGCCAAACGGAAGGGCAGGAGUUGGAUAAGAUUCUCUUCUUUUAUCCUGCUGAUUUGCCUAUUACGAAUCAACUCUCGGUUAUUGGCCUCAGCGAAGGAUUGAUUACUUUUACCAGGAUUUUCUCUCCAGAUGCUCCAUGUGAGGUUAUUGAAGCUGAGAAGCAUUGUCAUGUUUUCUAUGAAGUAGAGGCCGAUAUAUGGAUGGUGAUGGUAGUAGAAAAAGAGAAUCCAGAAUCCAUUUGGCGGGUUGAUGCUUUACGGAGUGUUCUUAAAGAAAUCCAUUCUCUUUUUGUGAUGUUUCAUGGAUAUAUUAGGGCACUGGUUGAUAAAGAACCGAGUGGAGGACUUGUUAGAAGCCAUUUGUACUAUUUUAUCAUGGACUUUUUAAGUGCAUUUGAAAACCGAUAUCCAUUGGAAUAUUGCUGCUGGGAUUUUUCCAUCGGGAAGAAACUUCAAUUGCCAAAUUUUCGUGACUCUCUAAAAGAGCAGGGAACGUUGCAGAUGUUAACUGUGGGGCGUGAGGCUGCUAUAGAAGUUCAGUCUCUCGUGACAUUGUUGGAAUCUUGUGUGGGGAACAAACAAUGCUACUCAAUGACCAUGUUCCAGGAUCUACUUGUCUCCACAAAUCUUUCACCUAUCGACACUCUGAACCUAUUUACUUAUGCUGUCCUAAGGCUAACUCCUAUUGCUCUAUUCCGUGGAGCAAGUGCAUGGUCCUCUUUGCGUAAAACAGACACUGCAUGCAGUACUUAUGCUGGAGCUUUACAAGUUACUUCUAUCUCUGCCAUAGACCAAUAUUACAAUUCCCAUGAUCCACCCUCUCUAAGAAGGCACAAUUACCCUUUAGUGAGGCCUUUGCAGCAUUCCAAGUGGUCUAAGGGGAAGGAUGGUUUUCUUACCACUGAUAUUUGGGGAACAGAAGUAAAUAGUUUACUGCCUAUGUGCCCAACAAUUUGGCUUCAUCUAACGGAGGAGAAAAUGUUUUUAUUAGCUUAUCAACAUAGAGGCCUCACCGUUAUACUUCUGGUUCCAGUUUCAUCUGUCAGUGGAGAUCAAGGAAUAUCUAUGCUGAAGCAGCAAAUUAUUGAAAAUGCAUCACUGAAGAUGCUGAAGGUUGAAGAGAAGCUAUCAAGAGGAUGGGGUGGUGAGAAUGCAUAUCAUGUGAGUGGGUAUCGUUAUCUGUUGGUGGAUGGUGAUAGAUAUGUAUCUAGGGCGUCUCCACCUGGAAAAGUAACAACUUUGACAAAGGAAUCAUUAGUUGCACUAAGUAAGCUCCGUGAAGAGGUCGACUUAGAGAAAGCUAGAGCUAAAUGGGACAACUCAGGUCGUGAAAAGGAUAUAGAGAUAUGCAUUAGAGCCAAAAACAAUUCUUGGCUCAUUGCCCGACUCGUUAGAGGAAAGGAACUUUAUAUGGUUCUGGAGAAAGGGAGUGAGACCCUUCUGUUUGCUGCUGAUGCUACUGAGAAGUUCAGUGAAAGGUACUGCAAUGGUGCAUUUUCCUUGGACUAGGCAACAGUUAAGACAGCCACAUUCUAUAGAUGACUGCUUAAUGUAUCAAAAAAAGAGAAGUAGAGCUCUAAGAGAUUGAUGUGUGUGUAGUUUAUUAAUCCAUAGAGAAUCUACUGUUAUGUUUGUAUAAAAAAAAUUUAAUCUUAUUUUUAAAUUUUUUUAUGGUAAUUAGUCUUAGAAGUGAUGAAAUGACACCAAUGUAGAUUUUCUAAAUAGUAAUUGAAAUGGAUUAGCGGUGCUCAA